AAAAGCGCGGAGCCGACCGGGAUUCGCGAUAGAGGGCAACCGCUUGAGCUACGAAGUCGCCAUUCCUCCUUCUGACCCAUCUUGCGUCCACCCUUCGGAAUUUCAAGCGCCAGCGUCGUGCCUUGAGCAUCCACGCAACAAGGUCAUCGAGAUGGCAUUGACAGCCGCGCUGCGAGCCAAAGGCUCGAGCACUGGCGCAUUUGCAGCCUUUUCUCUCGGAGUCGGUGCAUCUACCAGCGCUGCCUUGCUGAUGCCUGUGCUCGCUGAUGGGCACGAUUCCCACAAGCUGCCCAUCUAUCCUCAACCCACACCACCAGUGACACUGAUCGAGACCCAUACUGCUUUGGAAGGCCAUGUUGGGGACGCGAGGCGCGCUUUGCAGAGCUCGUUCAGCGAUCUCAAGGGCUACGUGCAGAGCGGAGUCAGUCGAUGGAUUGGUGUGGAAAGAGCUGUGGAAAAUCGCGUCUCUUCGCUCGUUUCCGACAGCGAACCUCUCACACCCGGAAUCCUCUACAUCGGUGUCGCCACGCUUGCAAGUUCCGUCUUCACACGAUAUCCUCAACACCCAGGUGCACUUCCGCUGCGUCUCUUGACGCCUCCUUUGGCCCUCGUCGUGUCUUCUCAAUACUUUUUGCCAGAGACAACCUCGAAUGUCUCUUCCUACUACGUCGAGCUGGAGGGUAGACACUUCCCAGCUGUAAAGGAGCACAGGGAAUCCGCGCUGCAGUCGGUCCGAGGUCUACUGAGCAGCGCUGGAAAGAGCACCAAGGAAGCUCGAGAGGAGGCUGCAAAAGCAUGGAAACGGAGUCUCAAGAGCGUGGAGGACGUUAGCGGACUAAAAGUAGCUGGUCAGGAUGCCAGAGACAUUGCUCAUCAGGUCGAAGCCAAGGCGAAGAGCGUGUGAUUUGCUCGGCCAGAUCACACUUUCGCGUUCACUUCAGCAAUAGAUGUUCGUAUUCUCAGUCCCUAUUCUGCUGCGCCGUUACAGUUGAUAGAUUGGGGAGGCGGAUCGGGCGCGGGGGCAGGUCUCGCCAGUGCUAGCUCAAGGCGCAGGCAACUCGACGCACAAAGACGUGUUCGACCUGGCAUCAGCAACAAAGUCUGCCGCAUCCACGGCGCUUGUAAGGGCGGCGCCGGUCAGCUCAAGCUAAAGGCGCCUCUGCCUCACCCAGCAGCGGCAAA